CGGGCACAUAUUUUGGUUAAGAGUCUUUUUAUUUAACAACUCACCUUUAAAUGCCAAAUGGAUCUAAUCUCCUCGCUUCUUAAAGAAGGAAGAAGGAAAGAAAAUGAUUGGGGGUACACAAGAUUAUAAAAAAAAAAAAAAAAAAAGGAGGGAGGCAGUGAGUAAAGGAGGGAGCAACCCGAAGGGAGGAGUCAAGCGAGGGAAGGAGCAGCUGGAGUCCCACACUUCGCCCUCUCUGUUCUCCUCGAAAAAACGCACUAAAUGUAAUAACAACUCUCCAUGCGCUUCCCCGACGCUUAUGUUGUUUUUUUACGCACAUCUGCGGUCUGCUAUCGGCAGAUAUUAUCGGCAGGCUGAUGGUGUUAGUCCGGCGGUGGUUGAGCGCAGCAAACUGUGAGAAGGAGGAGAAAGACACACAAGAGGAAAAACUCUGGCAGCGCCGUUUUGGAGUUGGAGUUGCAGCGUAAAAGAAAAAAAAAAAAAAAGUCCCAGGCAACUCCAGAGGCACAUCUGCAACUUAGGAAGAAGAGAAGAAGAAGAAGAAGAAGAAGUUUUUCUUAUAUUUUUUUAAAUUAUCCGAGAAGAUUUUUUUUUUUCUCCAGAAGGUCAAGAAUUACAGGUGGAAUCAUCCAGAAAAAAAUUAUCCCGUCUCCAUGAGGUCCUGAGGAAUGAACGAUCGCCAUGGAAACCCAGUCCCAGGCCAGUUCAGCAGCUGAGAAGAAGAAGAGGGUGGAGACCAUUGUGGCUACCAAGGGCUCGUCGGCACGCAGUGACAUCAGCGAGAAGGCGGUAGCCUCCAGCACCACUUCAAACGAAGAUGAGAGUUCAGGCGCGCCGCCGUACCACCGCGAGAGGCGCAACGCCAUCAGCUCCCAGGCGCCGGCGGCCGGCGGCCCCGACCGGACCGUGAGCGAGGAGCCCUCCACCUCCACGGAGGAGCGGCCCUCCCUGCUCAAGAAGGAGCUGCACAGUUCCCUCCCCCACCUGACCGAACAUGCCCUGCCGUACCGAGGCACGCUGUUUACCAUGGACCCCCGCAACGGCUACCUGGACUCGCACUAUCCUGCUCCACAGUUCUUCCCCACUUUCCACCCUCCCGUGCCAAUCGACGACAGACAUACCCAGGGACGGUACAUCUACGAGCCCUCCCCCGUGCCCCCUCUCCACGUGCCUCCUGCGCUGGCGACCAGUCCGGCUUUCUCGGACAUCUCCCUCAUCCGGAUCUCGCCCCAGAGGAACCCGUCCGUGGGGGCGGAGUCGCCCUUCCACCCCCCUCACCCUUACAUCAACCCGUACAUGGACUACAUCCGCUCACUCCACAGCAGCCCCUCCAUCUCCGUCCUGUCGGCCACCCGGGGCCUCAGCCCCGCGGACGCCCCGCACACGGGUCUGACCACGGCUGAGUACUACCACCAGAUGGCUCUGCUGGCGGGCCACCGCAGCCCUUACGCGACCGACCUGCUCCCCUCGGUGGCAUCCACGGCCGGGGCCAGCAGCGCCAGCGCCCUGCACAUGGAGUAUCUGCAAGCGAUGGAGAACUCCCGUUUCUCAAGCCCGAGGCUCCCCUCGAGACCCAGCAGGAAGCGGCCCCUGCCCAUCUCGCCCCUCUCCGAGCACAGCUUCGACCUGCAGACCAUGAUCCGCAACUCGCCCAACUCCCUCGUCAACAUGCUCAACAACUCCCGCUCGAGCUCCUCCACCAGCGGCUCCUACGGCCACCUCUCCGCCGGGGCCAUCAGCCCGGCGUUGAGCUUCGCCUACCCUCCGACCCCGGUGGCUUUGCACAUGCACCAGCAGCUGAUCGGACGCCAACCGGGCAUCGUGAGCUCCGCCUUUGGCCACAGCCCCCCGCUCAUCCACCCGACGCCGGCCUUUGCCACCCAGCGGCCCGUGCCCGGCAUCCCCCCGUCGGGGCUGAGCGCCAGCGAGCGCUCGGCCAUCUCCAACGACUCCUCACAGACCAAACCGACGAGUGAAUCCGCUGUGAGCAGCACGGGAGAUCCGAUGCACCACAAACGCUCCAAAAUGAAACCGGAGGAAGAGCUGCCGAGCCCAGGCGCGGUGAGCGUGCAGGACCAUCCUGAUGGGAUGACGCUGGUGAAGGAGGAAGGAGACAAGGAUGAGAGCAAACAGGAGCCGGAGGUGGUUUAUGAGACGAACUGCCACUGGGAGAACUGUUGCCGCGAGUUUGACACCCAGGAGCAGCUAGUACAACACAUCAACAAUGACCACAUCCACGGAGAGAAGAAGGAGUUUGUGUGUCGGUGGGAGGAAUGCUCUCGAGAGCAGAAGCCCUUCAAGGCACAGUACAUGCUGGUGGUCCACAUGCGCAGACAUACUGGGGAGAAACCACACAAGUGCACAUUUGAAGGUUGCGCCAAGGCCUACUCACGUCUGGAAAACCUUAAGACUCACUUACGUUCCCAUACUGGAGAGAAACCGUAUGUGUGCGAACACGAAGGUUGCAACAAGGCUUUUUCCAAUGCCUCCGAUCGGGCGAAACAUCAGAAUCGAACACACUCAAACGAGAAACCUUAUGUGUGUAAAAUCCCAGGCUGCACCAAACGCUACACGGAUCCCAGCUCCUUGCGAAAGCACGUCAAGACGGUACACGGGCCGGAGGCGCACGUCACCAAGAAACAGCGUGGAGAUUACCCACGCCCUCCUCCACAGCCCCGGGAGCCAGGGGGCAACGGCCAGGGUCGGUCGCCAGGGCAACUGCCCCUGGGUGGGUAUACGGACCAAAGGGAGUACAACCAUGCUACCUCAAAACAGGAUGAAUGUCUGCAGGUCAAGUCCAUCAAGACAGAGAAGCCGAUGACGUCUCAGCCAAGCCCUGGCGGUCAGUCUACAUGCAGCAGUGACCAGUCCCCCGUCAGCACCUAUCCCUACAGUGGAGUCCAGCUUGCUGUGAGCGCCGGACGCUCGCCAGGGGAGGGGCCGGAGGAGGACGAGGGGAGAGGGGAAAAUGAAGAGGAGGCAGAGGAGGAGUGCGAGGGCGAACCGCCCCCCAUCAUGGACUCCACGGUGUCCACUGCGACCGCGGCCAUGCUGACCUUGCAGGCGAGGCGAAGUAUUGGCCGCCCCCUGCGCUGGAUGGAGCACAUGAAGAUGGAGAGGCUGAAGCAGGUGAACGGAGCGCUGCCCAGGCUGGGGCCCCUGUCCCCUACACCGCCCCCUAAAGGUUCUACAGUACCCAGCGUCCUGGGGAAGGGAUCCUGUCUGGGCAGGCAGUGGGGGGUGUCUGCUCCUCAGCCGCCUGCUCACGCUGAGCUGAGCAGCACCGAGCUAACAGUGCUCAAUUUGCUCAGAGACCGACGGGACAGCAGUGGUAGCGCCACCAGUUCCGCCUACCUGAGCAGCAGCCGGCGCUCCUCUGGCAUCUCCCCCUGCUUCUCCAGUCGGCGUUCGAGCCAAGCUUCUCAAAGUGAGGGUACUAUGGCAGCUGCCCACCACCGCCGCCUCCACAACCUCAGCUCCACCGACUCGUACGACCCCAUCUCCACAGAUGCCUCCCGCCGGUCCAGUGAGGCUAGCCACUAUGGAGGUGGUGUAGGAGGAGGGGGUGGAGGGAUGCUCUCAGGUGGGGGCUGUGGAGGUGUAGGAGGGGUAGGCAUUGGAGGAGGAGGAGGAGGAGGAGGGGGAUCAAGAGGGAUGCUCAAUUUAACCCCAGCACAGCAUUACCACCUUAAAGCCAAGUACGCGGCAGCAACUGGGGGCCCGCCACCCACUCCUCUACCCAACAUGGAGCGCAUGAGCUUGAAGACUCGAAUGGCCAUGAUGGACGACGGUGGAAGCAAUCACUGUUUGCCACCUCUUGUCAGGCCACCUCGCUGCAGUGAAGGCACUAACGGGUAUAACAAUGGCUAUGUGGGACAUGCAGGUUACAGGAGGAGGGUACUCUAUCCUGGCGAGGGACCACUGAAUGGAAACAGGAGGGCCAGCGACCCAGUGCGGACGCAGGCCCCUGAAGCCUUCAGUUUGCCUCCAGUGCAACGCUUCAACAGCCUUAACAACCUCCACCCGCUUCCACCUCUGGCUCAUCAUUCUACACCCGAAUCUCGCAAUUUUUGCUUACAGAACUACACGCGCUCAGAGGGCAACUUGCAGAGGGGCCUGCAGCACUCACCGUUCACCCCCAGUAUUGCAGAACAUGCAGCCUUAGAAGCUCUUGCCAUGGAGGACGACGGGGAGGCUGGCCUGUUGCUUGGGGACGAAGAUAUGCUCCCGGAUGACCUGGUGCAGUAUCUCCACUCCCAGGUUCAGAUGGACAGUGGCCCCUACAUUCACAAUGAGGACCAAAUAGCUUCCAGCCAAAGGGACUCCUCCCAUCUAUCUGUGGAGGAUAUAGACCAGAUCCAUACGUUAGGGUUGAACGCGACCUUCCCUGGACCUCAUGGUCUCCAGCAGCAGCAGAUAGCAGAGAGGACCAGCCCCAGUAAGCUUCCCAUUCAGUGGAAUGAAGUGAGCUCCGGCAGCACUGACAGAUCUCUCCAAAGGGAACAAAUCCACCACACACAGUGCGGCAGGUGGCCAAGCACAGAACAUGGACCUGUAUCUGCACCUUUUGGUCGGUUUGGUAACAUGGUGGUUCAGCAACAAGUGCCCCAUGAUUUCCAGAACAGUUGUGCCCAGGUUAAUCAGUCUCAAAGUGGUUGCUCUGUCAACGCCAGAGUGAAGCUUGAGACAUCCCCUAACUCCUGUUCAGAGAUGAGAGGUUCUGGUCACUUGACAAACACCUUUGGCAGGCCCAAUUUCUCGCCGAUCGUCGAUGAGCCCCUUCCCCAGGGCUACAAACAGCAGGCCUCCAGGGGACCUCAGAGCCACUUCCAGCAGAACCACAACAGUAACAACUCGUGUCACGUUGGAAACAACCUCCCUCUUAACCGGGCCUCCAUGGACAGCCUCCCCAGCCUCUCCCAGGGAAAUUCUCUUCAUCACCACAGUCGGCUGGUACAUGCCCCUCGCCCGCCGAUCAGCAGCUACAGGAACUUGGUCCGGACCCAACAGUACCUCAAUCCUGAGAGCUCCAAUGAAAUCCAGUCUUGCCCCAACCAGCAGCAACAACUGCAAAGGAGUGGGGACCACUGUUCCCUUGCACAUCAGGUAUCUGGGCUGAAAUUGGAAACCCCAGACCAUGGAUAUUUGGAACAGGGCUUCAGUGACUGCCUCUCUUACGAACCAGCAGAUCGCAAGGCCUCCUCAUUCCCUGUUCUGGAGGACCAGUGUUUGCUGGACUCCAUGGCUGAGCCUGAGGGACAAGGUGGUGGUAAUGGGAAUUCAGUCGCCCUUCUCUCCCCCGGUGCAGACCAGGUCACCAGUACAGUGGAUGGUCAUGCACCUGGUGUGUUAGACGGAGGGGUAAGUCUGGACUUUGGUGUCAUGCUGGAAGACGGUUAUGACCAGGGUAGCCUGGUCUCAGGGGUGUUGAGUCCCUCCAUCUUCCAGGGUCUGUCCAGGACCUCAUCACGCCUCACCACCCCCCGAACGUCUGCUACCUUCCACAGUGUGGCCCCUGGCCUAAACAACAUGGCAAUUGGAGACAUGAGCUCUCUCCUCACCACACUCGCUGAGGAGAGCAAGUUCCUGGCUAUCAUGCAGUAGCCGCUCUGCUCCUCCUCCUCUCUCCGUCUCUGCUUUCUCCUCACUUAGGAAAAAUGAAAAAAGAAGAGAAAAACUCUGGUGUACGUGAAGAUUAAGACAUAAGUGGCAAUUAUGAGAAUUUUAAUAUGUACUUAAAAGUGUUCUGGAACAGUUGCUAAACCCUUUUAUUUUGUAAAAAAAAAAAAUAAUAAUAAUAAAAAAAAAAGUCAUCCCGCACAGAAAUGGGAUGUGUAUAGAAAAACACUUAUAUUCCUUUUCUGGAAUGAAGGCUAUUUUUGGAAGACCUUCUCUUUAUAUUACCAUGUGAUGGUGAGUGAAACACUCACUCCCUUGAAUCAGUAUUCUGUGUAUUGUCACUGUUUUUGCUGUUGGUAAAAAUGCAUGUACUCAAGUUAAACAUUGAACACUGUCUAUAGAAGUACAUAGCCCCAAGUAUCGGCCAUUCGAAUCCACACAGGUACAAAGUCAGUACAUCCAUUCUCUUUAUAGCAGGUGACGCGUGGGCCAUGAAUUUAACCGGCCCCCGAUGACAACUUUAUAUAUCAUAGGUUUAAUAAGUGGUAUAUUUGCAUUUGUUGUCAUUUUGUUUAUAUGUUACUCUUGUGAAGCUGUAAAUGUUUUACCAAGUGGUGUUUUGUUACGAUGGUAUUGAGUCCAAAAAAAAAAAGAGAGAGAAAAGAAAAGGACCUCCAAGUCUUCAAGGCACCGUAGAUUUUGGCCUACUUGAUAUCUAAAUGACUUAGUUAGUCUGGUAAGGUACUCACAAGUGUAUAUAACAGUGUUUUUCAUAUUCUGUUUGUGAUCUGAUUUUCGAUGUUGGAUUGCACGGUUGUUCGGAGCUGAGGUGUAAACUGGCGCUCUCUCCUUGAUUCGGUGCUUUGUGUAUGCUUACACUAAUUGAUAUGAGUACAUUUAUGGUUUGAAAACUGUCUUAAUGACCUACAGCGGUCCACAGCACACUGAUGCUGUGAAGUGAUGUGUUCUGUUUUAUAGGAAAUCAUCCGUAUCGUUUCCUCCAAAGCUCUUAAAUUCAGAAUGUGUACUGCCAUCAAGUAUUGCAGUGACUUUUGUCAACAGUGUUAGUAUUGCCUUGUAGUCUUAUGUGACUGCACACAGAAUAUUGAGUAGUUUACUUGUUAUUCAAAGCAAUGAGGUACAAACUGUUCUGUUGUUAUUUGGUACUUUUUGUCAUUUUUGUAGUUGUGCAUUGAUGGUGUUUUCUUUGUUUUGUUGUUUUUGUUUUGUUCUUUUUUUUUUCAAAGAAGUAGAAAUCAUUUCCUUUGCAAGAAGGAAAUUACAAAGGUAUGUGCCUUAUACGUAUCUGCCUGUCGGUAAAGAGAGAGAUCACUGCCAAUCUUCCAUUGAGAAUUAUGAAAAAAUAAUAAUUAAACGUGUAUAUAAGAAAAUCCUGAAUAUCAGAAAAGUUGAGAUUUGCGAAAUGCAUUCUACUUUUCAUUUUUUUUUUUUUUUUUUUCACAUUUAUUGUGCUUUUAUACAGUAUAUGUUGUGUAAAUACAUUACUCUUUCGGUAGGUUUUAGCAGAGGAAAUGGGAAGUAUCCUGGGACCAAUAAAGAACUGACUUUAAAAGCAGGGAUUCCCAGGUCCUGGGCAGAGGCCAGGCAGAUCUGGCUCAGAGCGGAGCUUCUAGUGCCCAGGGCUGCCCCUCCGCCAGAAGAGCCGCUUUGCUCUUUUAUAACUGACUACAAAUGUUUGUAUGGUUUUAAUAAAAAUGGAAAUUAUA